AUGAAAAACAAAGCACCACAACUAAGAGCGACUGACACGUCACAUGGCUCGUUGAAUCCCCUACACGGCAAUUCCGCCCUUUCCCAUCGCACCGAGCAGAUUGAGCGGACUCAUGGUGGAGUGAAAGAUUUCGUAUCCGGUAUCAGCUUCCCGCCUCCGGCCCCGGAGUCCCGCCGAUCCUGCCCUCACUGUCACAUGACCUUAGUGAACGAGCACGGCCUUGGGAUCCACGUAAGCACGCAGCACAGCAGUGCAAACAUGUCCAACGGCGUGCGGCUGCGGCGGAUGCUACGGAAGAAUCUGAAGGGCGUCGAUGAUGCGACGGGGGCGGCUUCGUUUGUCCUCCAGCAGAAGCACUUUCUCGAUUUAGACUUGGAAAGCCACGGCUUUAUGGACCGCGAAACCGAGGAAACUCGUGGAGCUCCCAAGCGCAGGCGAUACGACUAUAGGUUCAAAGCCAAUGCUGUCAAACAGCUGCGCAUCCUCGAGGACAACGCCGCGGACCUCUGGAAGGAAGAGGAGCGCACGCCUCUUCAGUACUUAGAGGAUCGUCUCAAGGCCAUAGUCGCGGCGGCCGCAGACGAGGUGAAGAAGAGCCUCCUCGCCAAGCAGCAGCCUAAGCGGUGGUUUCCUGAGGCAGAAAAGAGGCUUUACAAGAUGUUCGUGGAGCGGCGAAAGAGGAAGCUGAAGAUGUAUCCCGGGGACCAACGGGCGGCGGCGUUCCGCGCAUCCUUCAGGUGGGCACGAAAAUGGGCCAAGAGGCACAACCUGUCCAAAAGACGUCGGACCAACCUCAAGAACAAGUUUGUUGAGGAGCGCCUACCAAAGAUCCAGCGCUUCCACCGACUGUUUCGCAUGCUCCUGCAAGAGCCGGUACGGUACAGGGCGCCCGAUGAGUCGGACGUAUCGGCGAUUACGACGGUCGCAGAGAGGGAGUCCAGAGUUCCCAAGAAUGGCCAAUUCCAGCUCUGGGAGCGUUGGAAUGUGGACCAAGUGCCUUUGGCAUUCGUAAACGGGCUGCUCGAUACGUGGGAGGAGCGAGGUGCGAACGAUGUCGCCAUCUCACAGCCCUUUCCUGGCCUAGAGAAAAGGCAGUUCACCGUGCAAGUCAUCCUUGGUCCGGGUGAGAAGACCUUGCGAAUUUCGGUGAUUUUCCGAGGCACGGGGAAGCGAAUCUCGCCGGUGGAGAAGGCCGCGUACCACAAGGACGUGGACUUGUUUUUCGAGGAGAAUGCUUGGACCGACCAAAAGUUCUGUAUGGAGUGGGCUAAGAGGUCCUACCGCGAAAGCCUGAUGCGCGGGCCGGACGACGGACGAGUCCAAGGAGCGAAGGAGUGCAACACUCUCGCCUGGUCUGGCCCUUCGGAGUACACGGACGAGGUGCUGCCAGUUGAUGCAGGAGCCGGACGAUUUAUCAAGGUGGAAGCUGGGAGACAGAUGGACAUGUGGCUCGAGCAGUCGGAAAACCUCGAGAGGUGGGAAACCGCGGUGCUGACAGCUUCUGAUCGGCGGGUACUGAUCACUCAGUGGAUUGGAGCGGCCAUGGCAAGACUCAACAGCCAACAGGCGUUCCGAUCCCGCCUUUUCGAAAAGUGCGGGAUGGCCAUGACUGUGGACGGCUCAGGCGAUGAUCGGAUCACCUUGGAGGGUUUGGACAAGCCCGAUGAGCCUGAGGGGCGGGGGAAGGAGGGUGAUGGACGUGAGACGGUUGCGGAGGGCGCUGAUUCCAGCGAUGAUGAAGACGACGGCGGCACGUCUCAAACCCAGACCAAUGAGCUAGAACUUUUCGACGACGACAACAGCAUGGACCCACAAGACCCGGAGGACGAGACACAAGGAAUGGAGAUCCCGACAGGCUUUCGCAUUCAAGAAGUUAAACCCGUUGCUCUCGACAGAUUGCUUUUCCGACGUGGAGUGCUCGUUAGGCUGGGGAUGGGGUGCUUUGGAGGGUUGAUCAUUCAGCAAUCUCAGCAGGACACUGGUCACCUGUACGACUACUGUGUGCAGCUGGAGCUAGACCAGAGUACGCGCAAGAUGAAGCUGCCCUCAGACAAGUACACCGGAGAUCUGGAUGCGGCGGUAGGCUCCUGGGUAUUGGUUGAGAGCGUUAGUAGAUCGGGGAGGGACACUGGUCACCUGUACGACUACUGUGUGCAGCUGGAGCUAGACCAGAGUACGCGCAAGAUGAAGCUGCCCUCAGACAAGUACACCGGAGAUCUGGAUGCGGCGGUAGGCUCCUGGGUAUUGGUUGAGAGCGUUAGUAGAUCGGGGAGGGUACGCAGGAUCAACGUAACCCUUGUGGACCAAGAUGGUUGCCAGUUGCUGGUGCAUGCCUUGGUGUGUUCUUGUACCAAACAACAGCAUUGUUCCUCAUGCUAA